UCUUUGUUUUCCACUUGUCAACUGUCCGUUUAGGCCGCUCAUCACCACUUCAAGAUGGCGGCCCAAUUUCUCGCGUCACAGCAGCCAAUGCUGCUUCUACUUAUAAGGUGUCUAUGGUAAGGACCCUCAUCCCCGGAAGUAGAAUCCUGACCCGGAAAUAGAAGGAUGAAUAUAUGCCGGAACAAAAACCUCGUGACCUGGCUAGGCUACUUGCUUCAUUUGACAUUAGAAUGAUGACUCUCGGCGGCCAAAAUACUGUCAAGGUGACAUGUCUGUUUUAAAAACAAACUGGAAUAUAGUUGCUGGGGAGACUUUGCGGCUUAGACAGUUUUCCUAUUGCGUGUCUCGAUGAGGUACAGAGGUCAUGGCUCGUGUUGUCUGUCCCGCCUCUUCCUGCUUGGACCUCGGCCAGACCGGAUGUGUGUGGUCCGCAGCUACAGUGCCCAACACCGGCCGAGUGGCCCGGGGCGUCCUGAUGGGAAGGAUGGACCCGAGAGCGCGAAGGAACGUGCGCUGUCAGCCUUACAACAUGCAGGUCAGUUGGGGCAUCAGUGGGGUCAAAGGUCGGCACAGAUGGCCACCGCCGCCAUGAACCGUUGGUGGGAGAGGUAUGAGGAGUUUGUCGGCCUCAACGAGGUCCGUGGCGCUCAGGCAAAUGUCACAGAGGCUGAGGCGGCGUUCAUGGUUUCCAGGGGGAUGGUGCGCGAGGCUCACGGCAGCCUGGAGACCCUGCAGGCCCGGCUGAAGGAGGUCAGGGACAGGCUGGACAGAGUCUCCAGGGAGGAGGCGCACUACCUGGAGCUGGCCACGCUGGAGCACAAACUGCUGCAGGAGGAGCGCCGCCUGAGAACGGCCUACGAGCACGCCGAGGGCUCGGAGAGGGAGAAGUUCGCCUCGUUCUCGGCCGCCGUCAGGGAGAGUCACGAGAAGGAGAGGACGCGAGCCGAGCGCACAAAGAACUGGUCCGUGAUUGGCUCGGUGCUGGGAGCCCUGAUCGGGGUCAUGGGGUCCACGUACGUCAACCGCGUCCGACUGCAGGAGCUCAAAAGUCUGCUGCUGGAGGCCCAGAAGGGGCCAGAAAGCCUGCAGGAAGCCCUGAAAGUCCAAGCGGGGAACCAUCGCUCGCAGCAGGACGAGCUCCGGGCGCUCAUCGACAGCCUCAGGGUCACCCUGAAGGCUCCUCUCCUGACCCGCGCCUCGGCCGUCAGCCCUUCUCCGUCCUCGGGUGAGGUCCAGAGGACAGAGUCCCCCCUGCAGUCCCAAGUGGGGCAGCUGCAGCAAGGACUGGGCAAGGUCCAGAGUGAUCUUUCCCUGGUGAGGAGCCUGCUUGAAAGCGCACCGCAGAGGCCGGUCCGAAUCGAGACGGCAGACCGGCCGGGGUUGGAGUCGAUGGUUCAGACUUUUGAGGACACCCAGAGGACGUUGGGCGAACGCGUCAGCCGGAGCACGCUCUAUAACGCCGCCUUCACGUACACGGCGGCCGCCAUCACGGUCUCUGCUGUGUACGCUCUCCUCCGGGGGGGUGCAUAGCCACGAGCCGUCACACUUCAUUCAAAGGAGACCGAUGACUCUCUCACUUUUAAUUCCGACAUACUUGAACAUGUGAUCAUGUAUUAUUAAUGCACUGAGACAAUGAUUAAAAACCAGAUGUGAUUCUCCACCUGCCUGUGUGGUAGUUCCAUCAGUGGCCAGACGAGGGCAGCAGCAGCCACUGCAAUCAACCGCACGCUGCUGCCACGUCUUCAUCUUCAGUCUUGUCAAUCAUUGAACACCAUCAUUGUCAAUAUGUCAACCAUUAGGUGCUCGACCACUGCCAAUACAACCAUGUUGAGAAUCAGCAGAUGUGUGCCACAGCAGACAUUCUUUGUGUUUCCACUCUUCUUGAUCAUGUGAUGGUGCCUCCAGCAGUGGGAGGAUCACACAUGAGAUGAGUGCAGAAACAGGAUGUUGCUACAGGCAACAUCCAGCUUUCUUCAAAGAUCUUCAAAUAGUUUGUGGUUGUGUUCAGGCCUGCCUUAUACUGUACUCUAAUAAGGUCUCAUUGUACUGUACUCUAAUAAGGUUUACUUAUACUGUACUCUAAUAGGGUCUCAUUGUACUGUACUCUAAUAAGGUUUACUUAUACUGUACUCUAAUAAGGUCUCAUUGUACUGUACUCUGAUAAGGU